AUGACUUCGAAUUUAACAGAUUUAUUUAAUAAUGCAAGAAAAAUCACAUAUGUCAGUGUACCACUCAAAGAAGAAUCUGAACAUGAAACUGAAGAAGAAGAAGAAGUAAUCGAAGCAGCAAAAGAGAAAGCCAAAUUGGAACGUGAAUAUGAAGACCCAUCUAUUGCUAAUGCUCGAACAAUUUUUGUUGGAAAUGUUCCAAGUGCAUGUACUCAAAAAGAACUUAGAGCAUUGUUUUCACAAUUUGGUACCAUCGAAUCAGUUCGAUUACGAAAUAUUAUUCCACUGAAUGCAAAACGUGGUAAACGUCUUGCAUUUAUUAAAAAAGAAUUUCAUCCAUUACAAAGAACAAUAACUGCUUUUAUUCGAUUUUCUGAUGAAAUAGAAGCAGAAGAAGCUACGGCUUUAAAUGGUUAUCUAUAUAAAGAACAUCAUUUACGUGUUGAUAUGGCACAAGAUCAAAAUGAAGAUGCUAAACAUGAUAAUAAACGAAGUAUUUUUAUUGGAAAUCUUCCUUUUGAUGCUAAUGAUGAUGAUGUUUGGAAAGCAUUUGAAGAAUGUGGUGAAAUCGAUAAUGUUCGUCUUGUACGUGAUCGUGCAACAAGUGUUGGUAAAGGAUUUGGAUAUGUUCUAUUUAAAGAUGAAGCAUCAGUUUCAUUAGCAUUGAGAAUGAAUGGUAAUUGUCAAGUGGGAAAUAGACAAAUACGUAUUAAAACUGCUGUUAAAAAAGCUAAACCUGUCAAACAGAAUAUUCCGCCAAAACGUUAUCGACCACCAAAUAAAAAAUCUCAUAAGAAAAAAUCAAUGCCGUCAAAUGAUACUGAUGGUGUACAACAAGGUCGAGUUGGAAAACGACCGGCACUUAUACUAAAAAAACAAAAACAAAAACAAAAUAAGAAAAAGAAACAUCUUUCAAUAAAAACCAAUAAUAUGCGUAAAGAUGUUAUUCAACUUAAGAAAAAAAGUUGA